GAGAGAGAGAGAGAGGACCUGCCACGCUGAAAGUAUCUGCACGGUUCUCUCUUCACAGGCAUCGCCUCUGAGUAGCAGGGGAGGGGAGAGCUUCCUUUUGCCUUUUCGUAUAUGUAAAUAUAAUCCUUUUUGUAUUACAGAAUUGAAAUUGGGCCCGCCUGACUAAGGCCCAAAUUGAAAAACCCUACCAAGUAGAGUAGUAGAAGUGGAAGCGGAAGCGAUAGAGAGAACGCCGAGAUUUGGAGAUGAUGGAAGAGGAACAAGGAGGACAAGAGCGAAUAUUCGUAGGGGGAUUGGGAGGGAGCGUGACGGAAGACGAUCUGCAUAGGCUCUUCACCGUAGUUGGAGGAAGCGUCCACGGAAUCGAUAUAAUCAGAACCAAAGGCCGUAGCUUUGCUUACGUCGACUUCUUGCCUGCCUCCGACAAGUCCCUCUCCAAGCUCUUCGCCACCUACAAUGGGUGCGUGUGGAAGGGUGGGAAGCUCAAGGUCCACAAGGCUAAACAACACUAUCUUGUUCGUAUGAGACGUGAAUGGGCUGAGCUAGAAGCUGCUCAACUCGCUGCUGCAGAAAUUAAGCAGCAGCAGACCACCCAACAAGCUAAAACUGCUCCCCCAAAUAGCACCAAGCAGCUUCGCUUAUUCUUCCCUGCUCUAAGAACGGUGAAAGCUUUGCCCUUCAGUGGAACCGGCAAGCACAAAUAUAGUUUCCAACGUCUUCAGGUUCCUUCUCUCCCCCUUCAUUUCUGUGACUGUGAAGAGCAUGCUGUGCCUGACCCUUCUCCUCACCAACUAAACCAAUUAUCUGACCAUGUUAUCAAUGCCAAGGAGCUUACUAUUAUGAAUAAAGUAAUGGGCAAGCUCUUACAAAAGGAAGUUGAACAUGUUUCUGAUGAUGCUCAACACAAUACUACUGCCCUGCCUCUGUCUCUGCCUACUCAACAACAUCAUGAAUCAGAAGCCGAGGAAGAUGACCUCAUCAUUAAUAUUGUGUCAACUAAACAAGAAGAAAACGUACUGUCCGCGUUGCAGGAAUUGAGAUCCAGUGGAACACAGGUGCGCACAAAGAUUAAUGCACCUCCUAACAAAAAGAGGAAAUCCCUUGUCAACAAUAAUUACUGUGAAAUAGAAUUGGAGCCUCAUAUCUCUGCCGGAAAGACAGAUUCUAAAUCUCGUUCAAAUAAACUCUUCGAAGCUCAACCAGAACAACCAGAACUCAGUGUCCAACUAUCAACUGCCCCUGUUUCAUGGUCUCAGAAAUGUUCAUGGAAACAACUUGUCGGUCAUAGGGACAACAGUGGGUUCAGUGUCUCACGUAUACUGACAGGCAGAUCUUCUACUGCCCAUACUGAACCGAAAACUGGCACUUCUGAUGUGCAGCAGUCUGACACCAGAAACCAGGACCUGGCAAGUAAUGGAAACUCGGAAGGCCAGCUGUCUGAGAUGGAACCACAUGAGGAAAGUGCAGAACAUAAACCUACCAAAUCAGUAUCUGACUCAUAUACGUCAGGUCCAAUACCUUCAUUGCAUCAGGAAUUAUCAUGGACACAAUUGACUGAUGAGAAUACUGGGAGUGUAACUGAACAGGCCCAGCCAAACUCUGGUGCUUUUGAAGUGCCACAUUCGGACAGUGAAAACCAGGACUUGGCAAAGGAUGGAAACUUGGAAGGCUGGCUCUGUCAGAUGGAACCAGUGGAGGAGAAUACGGAACCUCAACCUCAAAAUGCACUUACAAACUCAACCAAGUCUGGUAGAGGAGCUUCAUGGCGCCAGAAAUCGUCCUGGACACAAUUGAUUAAUGACAAUACUGGAAGUUCAUUCAGCAUAACACAAAUUCUACCAGCUGGUACCUCUUUCAAGCAACAAGGGUUCCAAAAGCCCAAAGGUGGAGAUGUCAUGAGCUCUUUUGGCAGCAAGCUCAAGGAAACAGUAAAGCAAGAUAACCUCACUAGAGGUGAAUCCUCUUUGGGGAUUAUUGGAAAGGAGGGGGGUAGAUUACCACACAGUAUUCCUAAACAGAAUCAACAGAUUAGUGCAGACAAUGACAGUGCUUGUGCUCCAGACCAGGGAAAAACAUGUGAUGCCACACCAAAACAAGCUUCUACAGGAAAUGUUAACAAAGGUAAAACCUGCUCAUUUGUGAGAAGUGCCGCUUCGUUGAAUGAAUGGGCAAAAGCUAAGGCUGCCCUAAGUGGGUCACGGAAAAGAAAGAACAUUGACAAGUAGAUGGUCUGAGCACACAAAAUUAAUCCUCUCUGGCAUGAUACUUGCACCAAUCCAAGUUCACAUAAGGACAGCAUAAGAUUUUGGACUAAUUUGGUUUUACUCGGUCACUUGUUCCGGAUUUGCAUCUUUGUACGACUUUUUAUUGAAAGUUUAAUGACCUAGAUAGCCACACAAGUUCUUGUUUUCACCUAUAGAAUUAGCAGCAUUCUGUAUUGGCAUUCUUACUUGCUGGGCAGUUCUCAUUUCCAUUUCCUUAUUAUUUGGCCUAGGUUUGUUAGAUGCACGUUCAAUUUGUAGAUUUGUAGAAUGUAAGGGCAUUACUCCUUUGAAUGGACUUUGAAGCAGCAACUGCUUGUUUGUAUGGG